GACCCCGGCCUCUCUGUUCCCAUUUGGGACUAUUAGAGGAUAUUUCUUCUGCUAUGGAAUGGCAGGACUUUAUGGAGCGCUCACUGGCUUUGGAACUGUUAUGCAGAUUAUUCUUAAGAGGAAGAGUUUCUUCACUGUCAACGAUAGACCGAAACCCCCGGCAUGUCUUAUGGAUAGAAAUUUAGGCGAACAUCACUUCAUUCAAACAAAGAAUGUGAAACUACAUUACGUUUCAAAAGGCGAUCCAAAGAAGCCGUUAAUGUUAUUCAUUCACGGAUUCCCAGAAGUAUGGUAUUCGUGGAGAAAACAAUUGCCAGUAUUUGCUGACAAUUAUUAUACGGUUGCACUCAAUAUGAGAGGUUAUGGAGACUCCGAUAAACCUUUGGGUGUGGCCAACUAUGCGGUCGAUAAACUGGUCGAUGAUAUUAGAGACGUUGUGCACGGGUUGGGCAAAAAGAAGUGCAUAAUUGUGUGCCACGAUUGGGGUGGACUCGUGGGAUGGACUACAGCCGCACAAUACCCCGAACUGGUCGACAAGUUUAUCGUAUGUAAUGCCCCGCAAAUCAAACAUUUUAUGGACACCAUUGAGGGCAGUUGGAAACAGUUUCUCUCAUCAUGGUACUUACCCUUACGUUUUAUAUCAAUUCAUAAGUAUAUCUACUUCUUUAACCUACCAUUCCUGCCGGAGCUGCGAUUCAGGUGCAAUGACUUACAAGUGUUUGACUUUAUAUUCAAGAAGUUGGGCACCAAAGAUGAUAUUGAUGCUUAUAAAUACUACUUUUGCAAACCUGGUGCUCUCACACCUCCCAUCAACUACUACCGGGCCCUUCAGCGCAAUUAUGCCGCACAUUAUCUCAAUAAAGUGAAGGACAAGCGAAUCACUGCUCCCACACUUGUCCUCUGGGGUAAGGAUGACAUCGCACUCACCGAAAGCCUGGCCGCAGAUAGUUGUAAAUCGUGUGACAACUACACCAUCAAAAUCAUAGACAACUGUUCGCAUUGGACUCCCUUUGAUAGACCAGAUCUGGUCAACAAAUACAUCAAAGAAUUCUUAGACAAAAAUCACUAAAUUUUUAUAUGAAAAUAUUAUUUCUUGAAUAUUCUCUACUGUUUUCUAUCACU